AUGAUUUCCUUUAUCGAACAUCCUCUUUUUUUUCUUUUCUUUCUUUCUUUUUUUUUCUUUCUUUCUUUCUUUCUUUUAUUUUCUUUCCUUUCAUUCAUGAAUAAUUUUCUUUAUCGAACAUCCUCUUGUUUUCUUUCUUUCUUUCUUUUUCUUUCUUUCUUUCUUCCAGCCGUCUGUUUUUCUAUUUUCUAUUUCCUUUCAUUCAUGAAUGAUUUCCUUUAUCGAACAUCCUCUUGUUUUUCUUUCUUUCUUUCUUUCUUUUCUUUUCUUUCUUUCUUUCUUUCUUCCAGCCGUCUGUUCUUCUCUAUUUUCUAUUUCCUUUCAUUCAUGAAUGAUUUCCUUUAUCAAACAUCCUCUUGUUUUAUUUCUUUUUUUCUUUCUUUCUUUCUUUCUUUCUUUCUUUCUUUCUUUCUUUCUGUUCUUUCUAUUUUCUAUUCCCUUUCAUUCAUGAAUGAUUUCCUUUAUCGAACAUCCUCUUGUUUUCUUUCUUUCUUUCUUUUCUUUCUUUCUUUCUUUCUUUCUUUCUUUCUUUCUUCCAGUCUGUCUGUUCUUCUCUAUUUUCUAUUCCCUUUCAUUCAUGAAUAA